AUGUUAUUAAUAAAGCGACUACCAGCGCUCUCAGCAUCAAAAAUUAAUUUGAAAGUACCGUAUCUUGAAAAAAAUGUGAUUCUCGAGAGGCAAAUUAGUAAACACUGCCACUAUAAUUUGUUAAAGUUAUGUAAAUCUGCAUCAGUACUACAUAAUUUAACACAUAAAUCUAAAAAUCCACAACUUCGGCAGUUCCAUGCAGAAUAUAAGGCAGCCUUUGCUUUGCUGCAGAGAUCAAAUUAUUUAGGUUUUGGUUCCUUUUUAAAUACAAAUUCAAGGAGGUUGCAUACAAAUACCCCGAAUCAAAAUAGGAGAAAUGAAGAUAAUGAGGACAAGGAGAAAAAGAAAGAUAAUGAUAAAGGGACAAUGCCAUCGUUAUUUCUGAAGGCAGCUUUUUGGAUGCUCACAACAUUUACCCUAAUUAUGCUAAGCUCAUUUCUUGUACCAGGAGAUAACACACAAAAUGAGUUAAUCCGUUAUGUGUCAUGGAACGAGUUUGUCUAUUCAAUGUUAUCUAAGGGAGAAGUAGAGGAAUUGAUAGUUCGACCAGAUUUGGAAGUAGUCACUAUUAUAUUACAUGAAGGUGCAGUCAUAAAAGGCAAAAGAUCGAACCAUCGCGUCUUCCAUAUGAACGUGGGUGACAUUCAUCGCUUUGAAGAGAAACUGAGAGAGACUGAACUCGGUUUAGGGGUCAAGGAAGGAGUUCGUGUAAUAUAUGAUAGAAAUGGAAGUGUCGCUGGGAAAAUUAUUACAACCCUUCUUAUUGCCGCUAUUAUCAUGUCCUUCCUAUAUUCAACAAAGUCAAUGAGGAUGAAUAUAAAUUUGGGUGGAUUUAGUCAGUUGAGGCGUGCCAAAUUCACUCUAGUUGAUUCUAUGAGCGGUCAAGGGAAGGGUGUUAAGUUUGAAGACGUGGCUGGUCUGAAAGAAGCCAAGAUAGAGGUUAUGGAGUUUGUUGACUACUUGAAGCGACCAGAACAUUAUAGAAGCUUAGGUGCUAAGGUGCCCAAAGGAGCUCUGUUACUUGGUCCUCCAGGUUGUGGUAAGACGUUACUCGCUAAGGCUGUGGCUACAGAAGCUAAUGUACCAUUUCUAUCUAUGAAUGGAUCAGAGUUCAUUGAGAUGAUCGGAGGCUUAGGAGCGGCGAGGGUCAGGGAUCUGUUCAAAGAGGCGAGUUCCAGAGCACCCUGUAUAAUAUAUAUCGACGAAAUGGACGCCGUUGGUCGCGCGAGGUCAUCGGGGACUUCUUCGUGGGGUCCGGGGGGCGGGGAGGGGGAACAGACCCUCAACCAGCUGCUGGUGGAAAUGGACGGCAUGAAAAGUAGAGAGGGGGUCGUAGUAUUAGCAAGCACUAAUAGGGCUGAUGUAUUAGAUAAGGCGUUGCUUCGUCCGGGACGUUUCGACAGACACAUCCUAAUAGACUUACCGACUUUGAUAGAACGAGAGGAAAUCUUCGAGAGACAUUUAAAGAACAUUGUACUUGAGAAGCUGCCGCCUUAUUAUGUUAAACGAUUAGCAUAUUUAACCCCUGGCUUCAGUGGCGCUGAUAUAGCUAACGUAUGUAAUGAAGCGGCCUUACACGCCGCUAGAUUCAAACAAAGUAUUGUGAAGGCUUCCGAUUUAGAAUAUGCUGUCGAGAGGGUAGUCGGUGGUACAGAGAAACGAAGUCACGCUAUAUCACCGGCUGAGAAACGUGUGAUAGCUUACCACGAGGCGGGCCACGCUCUUGUCGGUUGGCUGUUGGAACAUACGGACGCUUUACUUAAAGUAACGAUAGUUCCACGUACUAAUAAAGCAUUGGGAUUCGCUCAGUAUACGACAUCGGAUCAGAAACUAUACUCCAAAGAAGAGUUGUUCGAUCGUAUGUGUAUGGCGUUGGGCGGUCGGGCGGCCGAGGCUAUAACAUUCAAUUCUGUGACUAGCGGAGCCCAGAAUGACCUUGAGAAGGUCACCAAAAUAGCAUAUGCACAGGUCCGUGUAUUCGGUAUGUCGCCGAACGUGGGGUUGGUGUCAUUCCCUGAUGUCAAAGAGCAUCAAGGAAGUCCUUUCAGUAAAGCUCUUAAGAACCUAAUAGAUAUGGAAGCGAGACAACUAAUAGCUAAAGCAUAUUAUAGGACAGAGGAGCUGUUGAAACAGAAUGAGGAAAAACUGAAAUUACUAGCCGAAGAACUUAUAAAGAAAGAGACUCUCAACUACAAGGACGUAGAAGCUAUUCUAGGUAAGCCACCGUACGCGAAGAAAUUCAUAGAUCCUAUAGAGUUUGAACAGAAUCUACGGAACAUGGAACAUGUGGCUAAAACAGGUGACGAAGACAUCGGCGCGCCUUCAGCUAAACCAACCGCGAACAGCGGCCUGCACUAG